CAGCUCAGCUGUUAUGUCAACACAAUCUACCAAAGCUAGGCGGAAUUUACGUUUAAAUCACUAUUAUCAGCAUUCUUAUGAUUAAACGCGUUUGCGACAGUACUUAUUAAUGUUGUAAUUUAGUUUUGUAGUGUCCCCAUUCGUCGUUCGGACUUCUCACAAUGAAUAUCUUGCGAAAACUUUCUUCCAUAUCAUCCCCGAGUCUUAUCAGAAACUUUUCGGCUUCUUCAGUUACAAACGCAAAUUAUAAGUGUAAGCUACUAGUUGUCGGCGGUGGUUCUGGAGGAUGCACAAUAGCUGCGAAGUUCGCUAAAAAGCUAAGGAAAGACGACGUUUUUGUGCUUGAACCCAGCUCGGACCACUACUACCAGCCGCUGUGGACGCUCGUAGGCGCCGGGGUAAAGACAAUAGACGACACCCGCCGUCAAGAAGAGAGCGUAUUACCCUCCAACGCUAAGUGGAUCAAGGAUAGAGCGGUGUCCAUCGACCCACAGAAGGGAGUGGUGCAAACCAAGGGCGGGGACGAGAUACAGUACGAGUAUGUCGUCAUAGCUGUCGGUUUGCAGAAUGAUUACGAUAAGGUCCCAGGUCUCUUCCAAGCACUUACAGACGAGAACAGCGGCGUAUCCACGAUAUACGCGCCGGAAUACUGCGAAAAAACAUGGCGCGACCUGCAGCGAUUCCGUGGUGGCGACGCCAUUUUUACGUUUCCUGAUACGCCCAUCAAGUGCCCGGGCGCGCCGCAGAAGAUCGCUUAUUUGGCCGACUCGUACUUUAGGAUGACGGGCGUCCGCGGCAAGUCCAAAGUGACGUACAACACGUGCCUCCCCGUCAUAUUUGGCGUGAAGAAGUACGCAGACGCGCUUAUGAAGGUAGUCGAGAAAAAGCACAUCGACGUCAACUACAAGACCGUGCUGUAUGAGGUCCGGCCUGAGAAGAAGGAGGCUGUGUUCUACAACACUGAUAAGAAGAAUGAGCUAACGACAGUAUGUUACGACCUCCUUCACGUAACGCCUCCAAUGAUGACACCGGAGUUUCUCCGAACGAACACAGAACUGGCCGACUCGGCGGGUUAUUUGGACGUGGACAAAUUCUCGCUGCAGCACAAGAAAUAUCCCAACGUGUAUGGAAUCGGAGACUGCACGAAUACGCCCAACAGCAAGACGGCUGCUGCUAUUGCGAAGCAGUGCCACGUGCUAGAAGUGAAUCUUACAAACUCGAUGCAAGAGAAGCCCGUAGCGGCGCGCUACAACGGCUACGGCGCGUGCCCGUUGCUCACAGACUAUGGGAAAUGCAUACUUGCUGAGUUCAUCUACGAUGGGGUGCCGCACGAGACGCUGCCCUUCGAUCAGUCGCGUGAGAGCACGAUAGCGUACUACAUGAAGAAAGACCUGUUCCCGUUCCUCUACUGGAACUUGAUGCUGAAAGGCAACUACCACGGGCCCGAAUUCAUCAGGAAGAUCGUCAACCCGCUCGCUAAGUAUGGAAAUGAGAUGAAUAUAAACUUAAAGAAACUCAUUUAUGGCGCAAAUGCAGUAAGACGCUAUGGAGUGCAACACUGCAGGACAAAUCACAGAUGUAAACUUCUCGUGGUGGGGGGAGGGACAGGCGGCUGCAGCAUAGCUUGGAGGUUCGCCAGGAAACUCAAAGGGGAGGAUAUUAUUGUCGUGGAACCGUCUCAGAUACACUACUACCAGCCCCAAUUCACGCUAGUCGCGGCCGGUAUAAGCAAGUUUAAAGAGAGCUACAGACCGCAGAAGUCGGUGCUGCCCAAAGAUGUCAGGUGGAUCCAAGACCGCGCCGUGGAAUUCGAUCCCUGCAACUGUGUGGUGCACACCUGUGGCGGGGACAAGAUCAGCUACGACUACAUGGUGUUAGCGGUCGGACUGGUCAAUGAUUACGACAAGAUACCCGGCCUAAAAGAAGCCCUAGACAACCCCAAAAGCGGCGUCUCCACGAUCUACGCGUCCGAAUACUGCGAGAAGACUUGGCGCAGCAUCAGGAGCUUCCGAGGCGGUCACGCUGUGUUCACGUUUCCACGCACGGCUGGGAAGUGCUCUGGUGCUGCGCAAAAGAUCAUGUACUUGGCUGACGACUACUGGAGGAAGCAUAAAAUCCGCCACCUAACGAACAUCUCAUACGCUACCGCCGGCAAUGCAAUCUUCGGCGUUGAGAAAUACGCAACAGCGUUGAUGGGGGUCGCGUCGAACCGGUGCAUCGCCGUCAACUAUUGCUUAGAGCUGGUGGAGCUGACGUGCGUUGGUGCUGUCUUUGUGGACAGUGCUGGUCAGACCAUAACCCUCCCCUACAACCUUCUCCACGUGACCCCGCCCAUGAGUCCACCAGUCGACCUUCGGAGAUGCACUGAACUGGUCACCGGCGCCGGCUACUUGUUGGUCGACCAGCACUCGUUGCAGCACCAGCGGUAUGGCAACGUGUUUGGAGUUGGUGAUUGUUUGUGCACGCCGAAUAGCAAAACUGCUGCUGCUGUCGCUCAACAAACAGCAGUGGUAGAGCAGAACCUGACAGCAGUGAUGCAAGGGAUGGAGCCUAUAGCGCGGUACAACGGCUAUGGGGCGUGCCCGCUGCUGACGUCAUACUCCAAGGGUAUACUGGCGGAGUUCGUUUACGACAAGAAACCUUGGGAGACCUUCCCCUUUGACCAGAGCAAAGAACGACGAUUAUUUUACCACGUGAAAACCAAAAUACUGCCUUAUAUCUAUUGGAAAAAAAUGGUAACAGGAAAGUGGGAUGGCCCAGAAAAUCUUCGGAAAAUCUUAAAUCCUUUUGGAAACAAAUAAAAAUACGGAAUCACAA